CAGGCCCGACAGAUUUGAUUGUUUUGGAUAAAUUAUGCCCCCCUUUAAAAUUUGUGUUAAUUAUAAUUCACUCCUAAAUCAGUGACUUAUAAUAGAAUAUAUAGUUGGCCAAAAGUGGCAUCUCUUAAGAAAUACCCCCCCCCCCCCCUUUUGGAGAAUGGAAGAGUCCUAGACAUCUUAAUUGAUGAGGAGAAACAAAGGAACAGAGUGCUGGUGAUGCCAUGUGUCAUUCUACAUGCUGACACCAAUUACACCACAAGUAACUGUUUUCUUCUCUUCAUUUUAUUAUUCUAGCUCCCCUUCCCUGAUAGGGGCGUUACAUUUCUGGAGGCACUGCCCGGAUGGUGUUUGGCUUGGAGAUGAGGAAUUAACUGCCUGUCACCUCAAUGUCAAUGCAUCAUCCACAAACAACUAGGGGACCAGUAUCAGUCACCACCAUCACCACCUAGCUCCGUCUCCAUCAAACUCUUAGGUGAUCUCUUCUAGGGCAGACCAGGGACAAGAACUGAAGAUAUGGCAGGCUUCGAAGGGCUCGAGGACGACGUGCUUGGGAGGAUAGCCGCAAGCACUGAGGAAGAGCUUCAAGCAGCUGCAACGCUUCUAACAGUGUCCAAUGAGGAUGUUGUCACGGCGCAGACCAAGGGAGUAUCGGGACUGCGGCGUCUCAUCAAACGAACUCUGCACAGUGAGGAAGUCGCCGAGGAAGAAGAUGGAGGAAAGGCUAAGUGGGAGGGAGUGGCACGAGUGUUGGCGGUCGAGAAGGGAGCCCCCGUAAAGCAGAUUCAGGCAGAGCAGGCCGACGGCUGCCUGGAGGAUACAGGGGUUCACGUAAAGAAGGAAUCCCGGUCCACUACUGCCCCUGAUGAUAGGAAUCCCGGAAUGCUCUGGAGGAAGGAUUUUAAGAUCAUUGGACAGAUAGGAGAACCUGGCCAGAAGGACAAAUUGUCCUUUGUCAGUCUAGCACGGCAGGUAGAGAGUGCGUCUAGAAAAGGGUUCUCAGAGGCAGAGGUGGUUGAAGGAGUUAUAAGAGCGGUCAGCCCAGGACUACAUCUUCGGAGCUACCUGGAAGGGAGGCCAGAUCUAGAUCUUCCAAUGUUGCGGAGCCUUUUAAGAUCGCAUUACCGAGAAAAAGACGCAACAUCACUGUUCAAGGAGCUGUCCAACUCUGCUCAGCAUCAGCGGGAGACCGUCCAUGAUUUUGUCCUGCGGACCCUAGACCUCAAGCAGAAAAUAAUCUUUGCGUCGAAGGAGGCCGGCUCAGCAGUGAGCUACGAUAGCUGCCAAGUUCAACGGAUGGCACUUCAUUCAAUUUCGACAGGGAUCCAGAGUGAGGCGAUACAGCAAGAAGUAAAGGGUCAUUUACAUCAGGACAGAAUCACCGAUGAGGAGAUCAUGGAGGUUCUCACGAGGGCUGUUGCCCAUGAGAGUGAACGUCGACAGAAGUUGACAGGCAAAACCCAAAAGACCGGCUCUAUUAAUGAAGCGUCUGUGCAACAAGACAAAACUGAAAAGGGUCCAGAAGGACGAAAGUCCGAACUCAAGAAAUCCCAACCCAACAUGCCAGACUGGGAUCAGAUGCAAGCAGCUAUACGCUCCAUUGUACAGUCGGAAAUACAAAAUCAUCAAACCCGACAGCCUUCUUCAUUUCAACGCGGUCGACGUCGCGGAUGCCCUGGCUGUCAAGAAGCUGGAAAAGGGGACAGAUGUACCCAUUGCUUCCGGUGUGGCAGUGGCGAGCAUUUCGCUAGGGGAUGUAAUAACCAGGGAAACGGCAACAGGGUGCACCAAGGGGACAUGGAGUACCCAAGGCAACAGCGUCCCAACGAACAGUAGGAGCUUUCUGUGCUUCAGGGAAUAGGAUAAAGGUAGCGAAAUUGGUUGGUGAGAGGUGUAUUAUAAAGUGCAGCAUAGGGGAUAUACAGGUGGAAGCGCUAUGGGAUACAGGAGCCCAAGUUUCCGUUUUGUCCAAAGAAUGGUUGCAGAAUCACCUAUCACAAGAGAAGAUACAGCCGAUUUCAGAUCUAUUUCCUGAUGGCUCAUUACGCCUGACAGCAGCCAAUCAAACAGUUAUACCCUACCUCGGAUAUGUUGAGCUCAGUGUGUGCUUAGAUCAACCAAGGAGAGCAAAACUCCUGGUCCCCUUCUUAGUCACGACUUCAAAGGAUAACCAAAUCAUAUUGGGUUACAAUGUCAUUGCAGAAGUCAUAACAGGUCUCAACACGUCGACAAAGGAUGUUAGUGCU